GUGUGUGUGUGUGUGUGUGUGUGUGUGUGUCACCUGUCACCACUUCCUGCUCCACUCAGACGAGCUCCGUGGUUCAGUCUCUUUGUUAAAGAGUGAAAUCGUGUUGAGGAGAAAUGAAGUCGUUCGUCUUCUUGCUUCUCGUGUUUCCUCCGACAGACGCCAUGUCGCCGAACGACCCGCAGCUCUGCUACAUCCUGGACGGUUUCCUCGGCCUGUACGGACUCAUCAUCACUGGGAUGUUCAUCAAAGAGAAGUUCUUUCGAUCCAAAGUGAAGUUCGAGGACGAUCAGGAUCCGAACGGGGACGACGGCGGCUACACUGGACUGGUGAGAGACAGUGAGAGAGAACGAAACCGCUGGCUGACCGAUGACACCACCUACCAGGACUUGAACCGACCAACAGACGGAGAAUAUAAAGAACUUCCUGUGAAACGAGAGCGUAAGAAAAAGAACGAGCAGAUUUAUCAGGGUCUGAGCUCGGCCACCAGAGACACCUACGACGCUCUCCAGAUGCUGCCACUUCCUCCUCGUUAACUCCGCCCACUCAUCGUGGAUCCUCUCGAUGACCACGUGAUUUUUUUUCAUGGGUUCAUAGGCCUCCACACGUAAAUGAUUUUAUUGUUGCAGUUUCUUCUUCUUUAUUAAAACUGUUGCUUUGUGUUUUCCAGGAUGUUUGUUUUCAGUAUUUCAUUAGAUUUUUAUUGAUUUUACAUCGUUUGAUAUUUUACUGAGAGUUUUUGCUGCAGCGUCUGAAUAACAGACUUUAUUUUGAUGUUUAAACAUUUUCUGAUUCAAAUCAAACAACGAAACUACAAGUAUUCCAUUGAUUCCAUAAAACAUAAAAAAUGAUUCAAAUAUUCAACAUUAAGUUGAAUUAAUAUUUGAAUCCUGCACAUUCACGGUAAAAUGUACUUUAUCUUAAUGAGACGACAAUUAAAGAACAAGUUCAUGGAU